AUGAAGUCGUCCGUCUUAGCCCUCCUGCCUGCUCUCGCCGCGGCAAAGCCCGUUCCUGAUGUUGGCAUUUCCACGGUCAAUGUCGUUGGUGGGCAGGAAGCCAGUGCUACUGAAUUUCCCUUUAUUGUCAGUCUCGAGAGCAAGACGGAGGGCGAAGAAGGACACUACUGUGGCGGAACACUCUUGAAUUCGCUUACUGUCCUGACUGCCGCCCACUGCCUCGCUUCCGAGGACGCAGAAAAUGUUCAAAUCCGUGCUGGUCACAGGAUUCGCAACGAAGGCGGCGUCACAGUCAAUGCGGCCUCCAUCUGGUUACACCCCGACUACAACGCAACCUCAGCCGAAAACGACCUUGCUCUCGUGCAGCUCGAGGAACCGAUCGAGAAGACCAACAACAUCACCUACGCCACACUAUCCCCUCCGAAGAGCGACCCCAAAGCCGGGACCCAAGUCACUGUAGCGGGCUGGGGCCACACUUCGGAAGGUGGUGAAUUAGCGGACACCCUGCAGAAGGCCUCGUUCCCCGUCAUCGACCGCGCCGAGUGCAAGAAGACGCUCGACGCCAACAUCACCGAAGGCAUGUUCUGUGCCGGAGACCUCAAGGGCGGCAUCGACUCAUGCCAGGGCGACAGCGGCGGUCCUCUACUCAACGACGAGAACGGCAACGUCAUCGGCGUCGUAUCCUUCGGCUUCGGAUGCGCUCGCGAGAACUCACCCGGCGUCUACGCUCGCGUCGGAUACUACCGCGAGCUCAUCAACAGCAAGAUGUGGAAGCCUGCCGUGGCAAGACGGUUCUUCGCAUGA